CACUCCUACUCCGCAGUUGUUUAUGGCAUUCGCAUUCCUACAUUGGGGAGGAAGUUGUUGAAAAGCCGCUUUUUAUUCAUCUGGCCGGCCUUUCCACUUUUUACCAUUAAAAACGAUGGUUUUUUAGCCUUUUUGGCAGUUUUAACGCCUUAUCGCCAGUUUUUAGCAGCGGGUUCGUGUUGUUGAAUUGUCCACCGCUCUGUUUUUCCCGACUCAGCAAAGAUGAUGUACACGGGUACAACUGCAGAACAGGACAAUAGGUUCAGCGACAAAGAGAAGAAGCUGUUGAAAGUAAUGAAGUUUGGUGACAGCUUGGCGAAGAGGGUUGAUAUGUCCAAAGUUAAAUUGGACACUAUCAAACCAUGGAUAUCCAAAAAAAUUACCGAAGUCCUCGGGAUGGAGGACGAUGUCGUUGUUGAGUUUGUUUUCAAUCAGCUUGAAGAUGAGAAGUUCCCAGAUCCAAAGAAGAUGCAGAUCAAUUUGACAGGAUUUUUAAAUGGGAAGAAUGCUAGGGUUUUUAUGAAUGAUCUUUGGGAAUUACUUUUAUCAGCUCAGGAAUCAUCGACAGGCAUACCAGACGUACUUAUGGAAAUGAAGAAAGAGGAGAUUAAAAAAAGAAUGGAGGAGCAAGAAAGAAUGCACGAGAUAUCGAAGAAGUUGGAGAAAAGAGAACGAGAUGAUAAAGACAGGAGGAGGGAAAGAAGUCGCGACAGAGAUAGGGACAGGAAGAGGAGUCGUUCCAGAGACAGGAGGGACAAGGAAAGAGAUCGUGACAGGGAUAGACGAGACAGGGAGAAAGAUAGGUCCAAAAGCAAACGAUCUUCCACUAGAUCACCUUCAAGGUCUGAACAUGCAAGGAAAGAAUCUGACACUGCUGUUGAUAAUGGAAAAACGUCGACAGUUGAAACACAGAGCAAGAAUCUUUCAAAUGUUCAAGCCAAAUUGGUGAGUAUGGCUGGCGGGGAUGACAAGAAGGGUUCCAGUUCUCCUCGCUCCCGGUCGUCGAGAUCUUCCCGUUCCCGUUCUCACAGCAAGACACGCCAAAGAUCACCUAAUAAAAAUGGUGGGACAGGAGAUCAUAAGAGGUCCUCGUCUGAAUCUUCAACCUCAUCUAGAGAAAGGAAAAGUAAAUCAAAAGAGGCCAAUCACAAAUCAUCUCGUUCCAGGUCUAGAUCAAGAUCUAAAAAUGUGAACGAUAAGAAUCCAAGAUCAAGUAGUUCAGAUUCUCAUGCUUCAGACAAAAGUGUGAAGAAGAACGACUUUGAAAUAAGGAAGAAGGAAGAUAGUGUUCAGAAAAAAAGACAGUAUCGAAGUAAUAAAGAAGAUUCAUCGGGCAGUGAUAGCGAUGAUGGCAAAAGAGGAAAAAAAGAUUCUGAAAGGAACCGUACAAGAUCGCCGAGGGCAAAAUCAGCUGAAAGAAGGAGAAGGUCAUUAUCUAGGAGGCGUUCUGGUUCAAGGAGGAGGUCUAGGUCUCGGGGAAGAUCGGGUUCUAGAAGACGCUCAGGUUCUAGGCGGCGUUCAAGCUCAAGAAGACGUUCCAGAUCAAGAAGGCGUUCUAGAUCACCGAGACGUAGGUCAAGGUCAAGGGGUCGUCGUUCUCCACCACCGCGUUCGCGAAGAUCAAGAUCCAGAGAUAGACCGAUCAGGUAUCGACCAUCCCGUAGAUCAAUUGAACGUGAGAGAGAAAAGGAACGAGAAAGAGAUAGACGAGAACGUGAGAGAAUCGCAGCAGCAAGGAGAAGAGCAGCUAUCAGUAGAAGAUCACCUCCUAGGAGAAGUUGGUAUUCUAGGGAUUCGAGAAGAAGAUCAGUCAGUAGAAGAAGGAGCAAAUCACGUACUCGAUCAAGAUCACAUGAACGAAGGAGAGAUGAAAGAAAGGAAAGGGAGAAAUUGAGACGGGAUAGAUCAAAGAGCCGGGACAGAGGACGUGAAAGAAGACGAGAUUCUGCCAGCUCAAGCAGUCCUUCUCCUGACAGAAACACGUCUCUCGUAGAAAAUAAUGAAAAGAAGGUUCAACGGUCAUUGUCACGUACACCUUCUCCUUUCAAGAAGGAGCCUGAAAAGGUUCCAACUAAAAAAGAACGUUCAAAACGAGAGCCGUCCUCAUCUGAAGAAGAAAGAAGUUCACCUGAAGUAUCUAAGGAAAGAACAAGGAGUUCGCCAGCCCAAGCUCCCAAACCAAAAGAUCGUAAACGAAGAGAAUCCAACAGCAUUGAUAGAAUGAAAGAAGUUCCUCAGAAAAAAGAAGAACCUGUGCACAAAAAGCCAGAGCCUACUACAAAGAAAGUGGUAGAAAAACAGGAUGAUUCAGAAGAGUCAGACAGGCACGAAAGGUCCAAAAAGAAAAAGAAAGAAAAGAAGGUAGAAAGUUCGGAUUCUGAAGAGGAAGAGAGAAAAUCUAAAAAGAAGAAAAAGAAAAAGGAAGAAUCUUCUUCAGAAGAUGAAGAUGACGAAGAAGAAAUUGAAGUUAAAAAGAAAAAGAGGAAAAAGGAGGACUCGUCAUCCCCAGAUGAAGCGGUCAUGAAAAAGAAAAAGAAAAAGAGGAAGGCCAAACCUGCUACGUCCUCCGAGUCUGAGGAUAGCGAAGUAGAGAAGAAGAAAAAGAAGGAGAAGAGGCACAAAAAACACAAGAAGCAUAAGAAACAUAAGAAGUCAAAGAAGAGGAAAGUGGAAGAGAGUGCUAAAUUGAUAUUGUAGGAUUCAGAUGAUGGCUCAGAAACCGAGGAAUUUGAAAAGAAGCUUAGGGAGAAAGCUCUUAAAUCUAUGAAGAAAUUGAGAGAUCAAAGCUCUGACAGAAGCGACAGUUAAACGGACCGAUUUGAUUGGCAUACUAGUCGAAUAUCGUCUUAUAUAUUUCAAGUUCUUAGCAGGAAAAACAUAAUCUUGUAAAACAGAGAUAGUCCAAUCUCCAUGUCAGACCUUCUAAAAUUUCAUAAUGAUUUUUUAAAAUAGGUCAACAGGCAUUUUAGGUAAUAAGUGAAAAAUUGAUAGGAUUAUAUUUUUUUCUGUGAUUUCAAGUUUUUUUAACUUUUUUUUUUUUUUGUAAAUUACAUUUUCAA